CGUUUGGAAACAUAACUACGGAUAACGAAGAUUUACUUGACAGUACUUUUGUAAUCCUUGAGAAGUUUGUUUGUCAAAUGUAUGGAGUUAAAAAUUCUUCAGAUGUGAAUAGUGUUCGAUUUCAUUUAUUCUCAAAUACUUUUCAAUCAAAAAAAUCCGAUGAAAAUUUUGAGAAGAAAUUUCGAAACUUUGACUCAUCGAGUUUGCCACCCUGUAAAGCGGAAUUGCAACAGCAUUUAUUGAGAGUGCGCUACGUGACUAAACUUUGGAGGAAUGCUCACUUGAAACAUCCAACUUCUUUAUCUCCAGUUGCUUCCGGUUGGACCAUCAAAGAUAAUAAAUAUGAUUUUGUCUGGUUCCUGGGAGAGCAGUUACCAUCAUCAAUUGCUGAUAUUAUUAUUCAAAAUGAGAGAGUUUUAAGAAAUGAUGACAAUGACCAAGACGAUGAUUUCAAUACUUCUAGCAAUGAGAGCGACGAUGAUGACGAUUGUGAAGAUGCAUCCUUCGUUUGUAAUACGAUUAUGGAAUGAAAUAUUUAAAAACUAAAUAAGAAUUCUUAAUAUUUUUAAUUUGUUAUUUAUGUGUGUUACCUGAGCA